AUGCCUACAAAAAUUGAAGGUCGUCCAACGCGUCAUGAUUUAAUUGAUGAUAUUGUUGAAGCACCAUCAUCAUCAUCAUUAACUAUACCAAAUUCAAUAUCAUCAUUUAUGAUGGAUGGUGUAAAAACUUUACCAAAUAGAAAUUAUUCAAGUUAUUCAAAUAUUCCAACUUUAUUUAAUAAUAAAUCUAAACUCGAACAAAAUGAUAAUUCAGAAAAAUCAUCAACAUUAGCUGAUGAAUUACGUGAUCGUCUUAAUUUAACAUUACCACGUUCAAAUUCAUCAUCAACAAUGAGAAAUAAUGAUGAACGACGAAAAGAACUUGAUAUGGUUUUAAAACAUUUAUAUGAUGGAAAAUUAUUAACACAAUUAAAUGAUGAUAGAGCAUCAUCAGAUACUUCAGAACAUUCAAUUCCUAUAUUAACUAAAGGACAAACAACAUCAACAUCAACAAUGAUGAAAAUGGAUGAUGAUGAUAAUAAAAUGAACGUUGGAAAUAUGGAUUUACUUGCAUUCGAUUGCGAUGGUACAACCCUUCAACGUGAAUUACAAGAAAAAGAACUUGAUAUAAUGCAUUUAACGAAAGAAAUUCAGGAAUUACAAUUAGAAAAUAAACUACUCAAAGCUAAAGUACCAGUUCAAUAUCAAAAUGGUCAUUCAACUAAUAAUACUGAAACAGAAGCACUUCGUCGUGAAAAAGAUGUUUUACAAAAUGAAUUACGUAUUCAACAAGAAUUAGUUGCUAAAAUGCAAAGUUCCCAACAUCAAAAUGGAAUGGUUACACGUACAAGUAAACUUGAUGAAGUUACAUUACAUCAAAAAGAAGCAUUAGAAAAGAAACUAAAAGCAUAUGAAAAACAAAUGCGUGCAUUAACAAGUGAUAAUGAUAAAUUAAAACAACAUUUUCAUCAAACUGAUCGAACAAUUGCUCAAUUAAAAAAAGAAAAUGAAGAAUUACAAUUAAAAGUCACUGAAGCUAAAAAACGGAAUGAUGAAUUACUUUAUCAAGAAUUUAAUGCACUUCGAAAUGACUUAAAGUAUAUACUUAGAUAAGAAAAAAAGUUAAUUAA